AUGGCCUCUACUUUCGACCCAUCCCUCUCAACGAGCGGCAUGCGCCCGCCCCUCGCCUCAGCAGAUGCCCCCUCAAUGGCCGACUCACUCCCCAGCAUCAACUUCGGAUUCGAAGAUCUACGCAAUCGCAUGGCCCAGUUCACAGCCAAAUUUGACGCCGUCAUUGAACGCGGCCGCAAACAAGUCUUGGAAGAACGCAAUCAGUUCCACAUCAACCUCGCCGAACUACAAGAAGACGAACGAAUGCGCCAACGCGACAUCGAAAUAAUAAACCUGAAAACCCAAACCCACAUCCAAACCCUAUCCAAAGAAUCCGCCGAAGCGGCCGAAAUGCACGCAGCCAUCUCGUCCAUAACCGUCGAGCGCGACACGCGGCUUUCAAAACGCGACCGUCUGCGCCAGCAAAUUGCCGAGACGCAGAAAUCUAUCGCCCAGCGCGUUGAGUCGCAAAAGGCGCACGCGAAACAUCUCGAUGCGCAAUCUAGACUUAAUAACCCCGAGCUGGACUUUUGGCAGGAUUAUCUUUGUUUAAGGAUUGAGGGGGCCGGAAGGGAGGAUCGGUUGAAGUUUGUUUAUUCGCAUCUUUCUGAGAAGGAUUGGGAGGCGGAGGGUUGGUUUGAGUUGGGGACUGCGAGUCGGGAUUAUGAGGUUUUUCAUUGUAGGCCUAAGUUGGAUGCUGAGGCUUUGGAGCGGGAAGUCGAUCUUGUUAAUGAGGAUCGGGAUUUUGGGGCUUUUCUUAAGAGGAUGAGGAAGCUUUUUGCUGAGACUAUGAAUUGA